AUGAUAGAUUGGCUAUUAAGCAUAUAUCUAUGUAGUGCAUUUACAUUUCUUAUAUCAAUUGGUUUAUGCUUUUGUCUGAAACGUGAUCGUGGCACAUAUAGUACAUCAAGUAGUGGUCGUGUAGUUGCGUUUGACAACAAUAAUGUUAUAUCCAGUAUUCAUAAUGGUUUUACUAUCGUUCAUGAUUCAAUAGAUGGCGAUUUACAAACAAAAUUGUAUUCAAAUGAAUCGGAUGGAUAUGAAAAAAUAAUCGGAUCGGCUGAUGGCGAAAUUCAAACAGUACCAUCAACAGUUCAUCGCGAUUCUACAAGUUCGACAGAAUAUGGUUAUACGAAAUUAACUAUUAUCUCAGUACAAGCGAAACCUACAAUCGAAGAAACACCACUUUAUGCUACUGUGGAUAAAGCAAUUUCUCGAACAAAAUCACCGGUACUUAUUAGUAUUAGUAGCAAUACCACUAAUAAUACCGCUGCGGCUGCAGCCGCUGCAUUAUCUAAAGGUUGUUCUCCAGCGUCUCUCACUCAGAUGUUGAGAUCAUCACCGCAUGAUAACAGUAGCUCUCAACUGUUGACUGGUUCCACUAUUGAUCAGUAUCAACAAACCCAGCCACCACCACCACCACUCAAUCAUCCUCCGCCAAUACCACUCUCUUUCGAUCAAUUAUAUGCUCAUAAUAGUAAUGGUUCACUUGGUAAACCAUAUUAUGAUGAACUAAUAACAAGAGAGUCUCUACAGUAUCGACAACAACGUUUAGAACAGCUACCAUCAUUAGAAAAUUAUUAUUCAUCUGUGCAUAGCGAAGGUACAGGACCGACGAGUGAAUUAUAUGCAGAAAUUAGCAACAGUAGUGGAUUAGGAACUGUACCAACACAAUAUCAUGAUCAGAAUCGGACAACAAUGAAUCGUCAACCGAAUUAUUAUAGUGAUGAUCAAUCGGAGCGAUAUGCAACGGUUAUUGAAACCGAUCAACGACCAAUAUCAUUAUUAGAUCCUACAAGAAUUUAUCAUGAGUUAGAUCCCGCAACAGCAACAACUACACAAGAUUUAACAACAGUAUCUAUGAAGCUUUAA